CGGUGGAGCAGCCCCGAGAGCAGCAGGAUCAGGUUUUCUCAGCAGCCCCGCCCCCGCGGAGCGUGGAGGAGGCGGGGCCAGUAGGAGGAGCCAGCGUGACCUUGGUCACUCUCCUGUUGAGACCGCCCUUGGGGUGGGACUCGCCGUCUCUAUGGAGACGGAGAAACAGGGGAUAAUACGGCGGAACCGCCCGGGCUGCAGUCCCGCCCCAGAGCCGGCAGGGAGCAGAGCUGUGGAGCCGACUGAUCUCACGUCCGUCCGUCCAUUCUUGCGUCCUUCUGUCCAUCGAACGCGCAGCCACGAGACUCUGGGACCCAGGGAGACACCAAGUGCUGGUCCCUUUCCCCAGGCAGCUCCAUCUCCAACUCUUAGGGGUGGCAUGGCAGCGAGUACAGACAUGGCUGGGCUGGAGGAGAGCUUCCGCAAGUUUGCCAUCCAUGGUGACCCCAAGGCCAGUGGGCAAGAGAUGAAUGGCAAGAACUGGGCCAAGCUGUGUAAGGACUGCAAGGUGGCUGAUGGGAAGGUCGUGACAGGAACUGAUGUUGAUAUCGUCUUCUCCAAAGUCAAGGGGAAGUCUGCUCGGGUCAUCAAUUAUGAGGAGUUCAAGAAGGCCCUAGAAGAGCUGGCAACCAAGCGAUUCAAGGGGAAGAGCAAGGAGGAGGCCUUCGAUGCCAUCUGCCAGCUGGUGGCAGGCAAGGAACCAGCCAAUGUGGGCGUCACUAAAGCAAAAGCAGGGGGUGCUGUGGAACGGCUGACCGACACCAGCAAGUACACAGGUUCCCACAAGGAGCGUUUUGAUGAGAGCGGCAAGGGCAAGGGCAUUGCUGGACGGCAGGACAUACUGGAUGACAGUGGCUAUGUGAGUGCCUACAAGAAUGCAGGCACCUAUGAUGCCAAGGUGAAGAAAUGAGGCCUGGCUGCCCCUGGAAGAUGCUCAGGCCUGGGCCUAAGGGGCAUGUGGAGCAAGAGAGCCCGGUUCCCUCCCUGUUGGAUCUGCAACCCGCGCUUGCUGCCCAGCCCCAUGGGGCCAGCCCACCAGGCCUCUGACCCAGACUGCUCUGUGUCCCCUUCCUUUUCCUCUUUCCUCCCUGACUUCCAUCCAUCUGGGGAGAGUCUGUGCCUCUAUUCUCACUGCCCUAACCUAGCCCCAGGCAUGGCUAACCCCUGCCUUGCUUGCCUCAUAUUUAAACUGCUGCUCUGGCCAAGUGCCUAAUUCUUACCCAGACCUCAAUAAAGGCAUUUUUUGUACCAA